UACAAUUUAAUUUGCGUUCACAUGAGAACCGUCGUGACGUGCAUUUUCUACAUUGCAACACCGCGAUAUGAACGAUGCAAAAUAGUUUCAGAUACGUCGCGUUGAUUGAUUGAUAUGAAGUGGUUGACUUUCUGGAACUGCAUAUCUAUCCUCGUGUUGUCUUUUGCUUUCUUCUUCUUCUAUUGUCACACAUACACAUCUACUCCUUCCCUCAUGGCUGAGCAAUCUUCCAAGUCCAUUUACGAUUUCACAGUCAAGGACAUCAGUGGAAAUGAUGUGAGUCUGAAUAAUUACAGCGGGAAGGUUCUACUGAUUGUGAAUGUCGCCUCACAAUGUGGUUUGACACAGACAAAUUACAAAGAAUUGAAUGUAUUGUACGAGAAGUACAAGAAUCAAGGAUUUGAAAUCUUGGCAUUUCCAUGCAACCAGUUUGCUGGACAGGAACCAGGAAACAAUGAAGAAAUUCAGGAAGUUGUUUGCACAAGGUUCAAGGCUGAAUUUCCUAUCUUUGAUAAGGUUGAAGUCAAUGGGAAGAAUGCAGCGCCACUUUAUAAGUUUUUAAAGGAGCAGAAAGGGGGAAUAUUUGGUGAUGGUAUCAAGUGGAACUUCACAAAGUUCUUAGUAAACAAAGAAGGGAAGGUUGUGGACAGAUAUGCACCUACCACCUCACCUCUGAAAAUCGAGAAAGACAUAGAGAAGCUUUUGCAAUCUUGAAUAGUAAGAUUUGAUUCUACAUAUCUAAUGUGCUGAGGACAUAGGGAAUCUGUCCGGUGCCUUCGAAGGACAAGUAGCAAUAUGUAUCAUAAGUUAAUAUAUGCCCUGAAAAGUUCUUAAUGUAUCUCGUGUAUUUGGAUUUUGGAUUGCUCAAUAAGUAUAAAUUGGUGUUCUCACUCUGUUACCAAAACCAUAAAAUAAUAAUAUAUUUGGAUGCAUCUUUAUGUUAUUAUGCAUGUCCA